GUGCCGGGCCGGGAGCAGGCGGUGGCGGCGGCGGCGGCGGCGGCACCAUGGGCCGGGCCCGGCGCUUCCAGUGGCCGCUGCUGCUGCUGUGGGCGGCCGCGGCAGGGCCAGGGGCAGGACAGGAAGUACAGACAGAGAAUGUGACAGUGGCCGAGGGUGGGGUGGCCGAGAUAACCUGCCGUCUGCACCAGUAUGAUGGGUCCAUAGUUGUCAUUCAGAACCCAGCCCGGCAGACCCUCUUCUUCAAUGGCACCCGCGCCCUGAAGGACGAGCGUUUCCAGCUUGAGGAGUUCUCCCCUCGCAGAGUGAGGAUCCGACUCUCAGAUGCCCGCCUGGAAGACGAGGGGGGCUACUUCUGCCAGCUCUACACGGAGGACACCCACCACCAGAUUGCCACGCUCACUGUGCUGGUGGCCCCAGAGAAUCCCGCGGUGGAAGUCCGGGAGCAGGCGGUGGAGGGCGGCGAGGUGGAGCUCAGCUGCCUGGUUCCGCGGUCUCGGCCGGCCGCCGUCCUGCGCUGGUACCGCGACCGCAAGGAGCUGAAAGGUGUGAGCAGCAGCAAGGAAAAUGGCAAGGUGUGGAGCGUGAAGAGCACAGUGAGGUUUCGUGUAGACCGCAAGGACGACGGCGGUAUCAUCAUCUGCGAGGCGCAGAACCAGGCGCUGCCCUCGGGACACAGCAAGCAGACGCAGUACGUGCUGGAUGUGCAGUUCUCCCCGACGGCCCGGAUCCAUGCCUCCCAAGCUGUGGUGAGGGAGGGAGACACGCUGGUGCUGACGUGUGCUAUAACGGGGAACCCCAGGCCAAAUCAGAUCCGCUGGAACCGCGGGAAUGAGUCUUUGCCGGAGCGGGCCGAGGCUGUCGGGGAGACGCUUACGCUGCCUGGCCUGGUAUCUGCAGAUAAUGGCACCUACACUUGCGAGGCGUCGAACAAGCACGGCCACGCGAGGGCGCUCUAUGUGCUCGUGGUUUACGACCCCGGUGCGGUGGUAGAGGCUCAGACGUCCGUGCCCUACGCCAUCGUGGGUGGCAUCCUGGCGCUACUGGUGUUUUUGAUCAUUUGUGUGCUGGUGGGCAUGGUCUGGUGCUCAGUACGACAGAAGGGCUCCUAUUUGACCCAUGAGGCCAGUGGUUUGGAUGAGCAGGGAGAAGCAAGAGAAGCCUUCCUCAAUGGCAGCGAUGGACACAAGAGGAAAGAAGAAUUCUUCAUCUGACCCCUCCUCUACCCCAGGCCUGAGCCUGGGCUGGGGUCCACCCCACUGCCAGCUGCAAAGACAUUUACCAGAGUCUGGGAUGGUGGGCAUCUCCUCCCACCACUAACACCUCAGACGUUUGGGCAGGGAUGGGGGUAUCAGAUGCCUGGGUCUCUACCAGGGCCACAAGCAAGGUCCCAGAGAUCUGGGUCCCCCAGGGGAGAGGGCCAGAGGUCCAGACCCCCAAAGUCCAGGGAGGGUGGUAGGGAUUGGGUUGGGGGAAGAUAAGUGGGGGAAAGCCAGGGCCCCUAGGCUGCAGAACCAGGUCUUGUGGGGAGGGGAUCAGAUUCCGGGAAGGGUGGGGUGGGCAGGGAGGGGGACACACGGAUUUCUUUGGGGGUCCCAGACCCCAUGCCAGCCAUUGUAGGAGUUCCACAGAGCUCUGGGCACCUCUUUGCAAAGCCAUGUUUGCACGGUGGGCGUAAGGGUGGGGGGAGGGUAUGGAAACAGGGAUUCCGUGUCUUUGUGUCAUAACUUUGAUGGAGGAGGUGAGAGAGACAGCCCCAGCCCUUUUCUCCAGCCCCCCUUCCUGGGCUCCCCUUCCUUCCACCUCCUCCCCCAAAAUCUGUCCCACUUAUAUUUGUCUCCCUGUCUACCCACUCCUGGGGGUGCCUUCCCCAUCUCUCCUCCAGGCCCCCCAGGAAGGGGAAAAGGAGUUUAAGGGGAUGUGUUGGUCUCUAUGGUUUUAUAUAUAAUAUAUUAAAAAAAUCAAAAAUCUGUAUGAAAAUAUCAGAUUAUGCCCCCUCCCCCAUUUCUGGCUUUUGCCCCCCUUUUUCUUGUUCAAAAAAACAAACAAACCACACACAAUAUUUUGUACUAGGCGGGGAGGGGAAUGGGGAGGGGGUUUGGCGAUCCCACUAACCACCAUUAAACUGAGGAGAGAACACAUUCGGGGUGGCUGUGU